AACCUCUCUCUUCUUCUAUACACCAUCCAAUAUUUUCUCUCUCUAAAACAUGGUUUACUCUCCAUUUUUUGGUUUGGCUUUGACAUUUGUUAUUUGGGGUUCUUUGAUUGUGGCCUCUAAGGCUAAUUUUUACUCUGAUAUUGAUAUUACAUGGGGAAAUGAUAGAGCUAAGAUAGUAAACAAUGGCGAGAUCCUCCAACUCUCACUAGACAGGUACUCUGGCUCUGGUUUUCAGUCCAAGAAUGAAUACCUCUUUGGCAAUAUCCACAUGAAAAUAAAGCUUGUUCCAGGCAACUCAGCAGGAACUGUUACUGCCUACUAUCUAUCAUCACAAGGCCCAACCCAUGAUGAAAUCGACUUCGAGUUCUUGGGGAAUUUGAGUGGAGAUCCUUACAUCCUCCACACCAAUGUCUUCACUCAGGGGAAAGGGAACAGGGAGCAACAGUUUUACCUGUGGUUUGACCCCACCCAGGAUUUCCACACCUACUCCAUCUUGUGGAACCCAAGCCAAAUAAUGUUCUCAGUAGAUGGGACGCCUAUAAGAGUGUUCAAGAAUGCUGAAUCCCUGGGAGUACCCUACCCAAAGAACCAGCCCAUGAGGCUCUACUCCAGCCUUUGGAAUGCAGAUGACUGGGCCACAAGAGGUGGACUGGUUAAGACUGAUUGGUCCCAAGCUCCUUUCGUUGCUUCUUACUCUAACUUCGAAGCCGAUGCCUGUGUUGCUCCGAAAUCCUCAUCAUCAUCUUCUUCUUCACCAUGCCAAGAGGCCUCUGGUUCAGCUUGGCUGAGCCAAGAGGGUCUGGACUCAAAAGGGAAAGAGAGGCUCAAAUGGGUUCAAAAGAAUUACAUGGUCUACAACUAUUGCACUGAUACUAAGCGUUUUCCUCAAGGCCUUCCCCCUGAGUGUUCCCUCUCCUAAAAAGCAUUGGUGUUUUUUCUUGAACUUCUAUUGAUAUAUUCAUGGUGUUUUCCAUUUUUUUUAAAAGGGUGACAUUAUUCAUGGUGUUUUAUUUGUAUAUGUAAAUGGGGAAAUGUUGAAAUUCAUUGGUAUGAUAUGAAAUAAAGGAGCUGUUCAUUUGUGUA